AUGGCCAGCUCAGAGAUCAAUCAAGUCUUGGCCAAUUCGCUGUCACCUGACGCGAACCUGCGCCAGGCUGCCGAACAUCAACUCACACAAGCUGCGGAAAACAAUUUUCCUCUAUAUCUCGCCACUCUAGUACAAGAGCUUGCCAAUGAGAGCGCGCAAGGCUCGAUUCGAGCCGCUGCCGGUCUCGCACUUAAAAACGCAUUCACAGCAAGGGAUUUUGUCAGGCAUCAGGAGCUCCAGGCAAAAUGGCUUCAGGGUACCGAUACCGAGACGAAGACCCAAGUCAAGAACCUGACUCUACAAACACUUUCAUCGUCCAACUCCCAGGCUGGCCACGCCGCCGCCCAAGUCAUCUCGUCCAUCGCUGCCAUCGAGCUACCCCGGAACGAAUGGCCGGAGCUUAUGGGUAUACUGGUCAAGAACGUCAGCGACGGCGCAGAGCACCAGAAGCAGUCUUCGCUUACAACCAUCGGUUACAUCUGCGAGAGCCAGGACCCGGAAUUGCGUGCCUCUCUCAUCACCCAGUCCAACGCCAUCUUGACCGCUGUCGUUCAGGGCGCUCGCAAGGAGGAGGCCAAUGUCGAGGUUCGACUGGCCGCUAUCACCGCGUUGGGAGACUCCCUCGAGUUUGUUGGAAACAACUUCAAGCAUGAAGGCGAGCGGAACUACAUCAUGCAGGUGGUCUGUGAAGCCACCCAGGCGGACGAUUCUCGGAUACAACAAGGUGCUUUCGGCUGCUUGAAUCGUAUCAUGGCUCUGUACUAUGAUAACAUGCGGUUUUACAUGGAGAAGGCCCUCUUCGGCUUGACCAUCCUCGGCAUGAAGUCCGACGAUGAGGACGUGGCCAAGUUGGCUGUUGAGUUUUGGAGCACCGUCUGCGAGGAAGAGAUUGGCAUCGAGGACGACAACGCACAGGUUGAGAGCUCCGACCAGAUGCGCCCGUUCUAUAACUUCGCCCGCGUUGCAGCCAACGAAGUCGUGCCCGUGUUGCUGCUGCUCCUGACCAAACAGGACGAGGACGCCACCGACGACGAGUACAACCUCAGCCGUGCCGCCUACCAGUGCUUGUCGCUGUAUGCCCAGGCUGUGGGUAGUGCCAUCAUCCAGCCGGUUCUGCAGUUUGUUGAGGCGAACCUCCGUAACGAGGACUGGCACAAUCGGGACGCCGCCGUCUCUGCCUUUGGUGCCAUAAUGGAUGGCCCGGACGAGAAGACGCUUGAUCCCAUCGUCAAGCAGGCCCUGCCCAUCCUUAUCGGCAUGAUGGAGGACAAUUCCUUGCAGGUGAAGGACUCGACCGCGUAUGCUCUCGGCCGCAUUACCGAGAGCAUUUCGGAUGCGAUCGACCCCGCUACGCAUCUUGACCCGCUUGUCCGGUCCCUGUUCAACGGGCUCAUGAGCAGCUCGAAGAUAGCAUCCUCGUGCUGCUGGGCCCUGAUGAACUUGGCCGAACGCUUCUCGGGAGACCUGGAUGCGCCGCAGAAUGCUAUGACUCCCCACUUCAACACGAGUGUGACUAACCUGCUCGCCCUCACCGCCCGUCCCGAUUGCGACUCUUAUGUCCGUACUGCCGCCUAUGAGGUCCUCAACGUCUUUGUCCAGAAUUCCGCUACUGAGAGCCUGCGCCCUGUUGCCUCUCUCUCCGACGUCAUUCUCGAGCGCCUGCAGAAUACGGUGCCCAUGCAGAGCCAGGUUGUGAGUGUGGAGGAUAAGAUCAUGCUCGAAGAGAUGCAGAGCAGCCUGUGCACCGUCCUUCAAGCCACUAUUCAAAGACUAGACAAGGAGAUCAUCCCGCAGGGUGACCGCAUCAUGGAGACCCUUCUCGGUAUCUUGCGCUCCGUGGGCGGCAAGUCCACCGUUCCAGAUGCUGUCUUUGCUGCCAUCAGUGCUCUCGCCAACGCCAUGGAGGAGGACUUCAACAAGUACAUGGGCGCCUUUACGCCUUAUCUGUACGAUGCUCUGGCCAACCAGGAGGAGCCGGCCCUUUGUGCCAUGGCUAUCGGCCUUGUCAGCGACCUGACCCGGUCUCUAGGCGAGUUGAGCCAACCGUAUUGCGACAACUUCAUGAACCACUUGCUGAACAACCUAAAGAGCCCCGCUCUUUCCAACCAGUUCAAGCCGGCUAUUCUGCAGUGCUUCGGUGACAUUGCCGGCGCCAUCGGCGGCCACUUCGAGGCCUACCUCGCAGUGAUUGCCCAGGUCCUACAGCAAGCAUCUACGGUUACCACCACUGCAGACGGUCCUUUCGAGAUGUUUGACUAUGUCGUUUCCCUCAGGGAAGGCAUUAUGGACGCCUGGGGAGGCAUUAUUGGCGCUAUGAAGACCAGUGGCAAGACAUCUGUCCUGCAGCAAUACAUCCCCUCUAUUUUCCAGCUGCUUAACACAAUUGCGGGCGAUCCGAACCGCAGCGAGGCCUUGUUGCGUGCUUCGAUGGGCGUUAUUGGCGAUCUGGCCGAUGCGUACCCGAACGGCGAACUUGUGGACGUCUUCCGUCAAGAUUGGCUCACCGCCUUGAUUAAGGAGACCAAGGCAAACCGGGAAUUCCAGCCGCGGACCAUCGAAACGGCCCGCUGGGCGCGGGAACAGGUCAAGCGGCAACUUGGCGGCUCUGCCAAUGUCAUGGCAUAG